AUGAUUCCAGAUUCCAGAAGAGACGGACGGACAAUGGACAAGCUUAUUCUCCUGUCGCUCUUCAUAGUGUGUCACGCUGCUCCUGUGUCAGAGCGGAGUACGACCACAGCACCGUAUGCAGAAAAUGUCUCUGCUCGUCCUGGAGAGAAUGUGACGUUGCCUUGUCAGGUCCCAGCAAACAACACACUCCUUGGUGCAAAGUGGACCAGAACAGACCUGGGAGAGGAAUAUGUUGUCCUUUUUCUGCACGGGCACAUGGAAACAGAAAACCAGCAUUCAUCUUUUAAAAACCGGACAGAGAUGCAGAGCAGUCAGUUUAAUCGUGGUAACCUCUCUGUUGUUCUAAACAAUGUGAGGACCACCGACAGUGGAACAUACACAGCCUACCAGAUGCAAAACAUCGAAGGUGAAACCAAAGAUAUAUCCGUCUGCAUCGUCCACUUGAUGACCACUCCAGGUUAG